AUGUCAAGAUCGGGUGAUGAAUGUGUUGUGGCUCUUACAGAUCAGUGGUACAUAACGUACGGAGAAUCAGAAUGGCGGCAAAUGGCUGAGGAGUGCUUGUCAAAAAUGAAUCUCUACUCUGAAGAAACAAGGCAUGGAUUUGAGCACACUUUGAGCUGGCUCAACAGUGGGCUUGCUCACGUUGCCCAUUUCUUUCACGAUGGAGACAUGUAUAAAGGGAGUAAGUCUUUGGUUCGCCCUCAGCAGAUGAAUGAUGAAGUUUGGGACUAUCUCUUCUGUGAUGGUCAGUACCCAAAAUCAUCCGACAUUCCGUCAGAUGUUUUAAGUGAGAUGAAGCAGGAAUUUGACUACUGGUACCCACUGGAUCUUCGAGUUUCAGGAAAGGAUCUUAUUCAGAAUCAUUUGACGUUUUUCAUCUACAACCACACUGCACUAAUGGCGACGUAA